AUGAGAAUCGGUUUCUUGGGGCUGGGUAUGAUGGGUACGCCCAUGGCAAUCAAUCUUUGCCGCAAAUUUUCCGUGGUUGUUUGGAAUCGAAGCGACUCGAGAUACGAUACCCUGAUAGAUGCAGGAGCUGCCAUUGGCAAGACUCCCUCUCACGUGGCCAAGCAAUCGGAUAUCAUCUUUAUAAUGCUCUUUGAUGGCUCUGCCAUUCAAUCAAUAAUCAAUAGCGACGACGAUUUUAUGAAGUCAAUACGCGGUAAAAUAGUCAUCAACACGAGUUCUGUAUCUGUUGACUACAGCCACAAACUAUCUCAGCAAAUCCACGACGCUGGUGGUAACUUCAUCGAGAUGCCUGUCAGCGGCAGCAAGAUCCCCGCUGAGCAAGGUCAACUUGUUGGCAUGAUUGCGGGAGAUCCCGCCAUUUCUGACCUGAUUAAGCCGAUUGUGGAACCCAUUACCAGCGCCGCUGUGUAUUGUGGCCCAAUCGGAUCGGGUUUGAAAGCCAAGUAUGCCGUCAAUCUGUUCUUAGUCUCGGUAACCGCCGGACUCGCCGAAUCCAUGAAUCUUGCUCGGAGUCAAGGUCUUAGCCUCGAAUCUUUUGGCAAAGUGCUUAACGCCUGUCCUCUAGCCUCUGCGUACUCGAGGGUGAAGAUUGCCAAAAUUCUCAAGGAAGACUGGUCUCCACAGGCAGCCAUGAAGGAUUGUUAUAAUAGCACCCAGUUGAUUCGAUCAGCAGCGCAAAAGGUACAAGUCCAAACGCCUCUCAUUGAAAUCUGCCACUCACUCUAUCGAGAUGCUUGUAAUUCUGGUUGGGGAGAAGAGGACAUGAUGGCUAUAUACAAACUGUUUACUCAAGCACAGACUGUUCCCUCAUAG